GCGAAGCGUAGCCCGGGGGCGUCACGCGCCGGAGACCCUGCCCCUUCUCGCCUCUAGCUGGACUGGCGCUCUGCUGAGACCCGAGAAUGGCAGCGGGAGGGUCUUACGGCUUCGCUCAGGGUGCCGGCCCACAGUACAGUGCUCAGCCUCCCAUGGCUUUUCCCCUCCCUGCCUCUGGAGCCAACUUCACCUCCCACCCCACGCCUGGAAUGGGCCCUGCUGUGACCCCGCCAUUUACCUCCAUGGCCACCUGGCCACCCGGGUCUGGCAGCCCAGCAGGAUAUGGAGGGUACCAGCCCCACUCCAUCCAGGACUUUGACUACAGCAGCCGACUCCCGGAGACCACCCCCGCACCCACCGCUGCUUCCUCCUGCCAGGACAGUUAUGGCCACGAACCACUGAUGGCCGUCAGCAGCUACGAGAACAAGCAGCGUCAGCCACCUGCUGUGGGCCAGCCUCAGCUCCCCGCCAGGGCCGUGCUCUGCCAGGCAGAGGCCAAAGGAGCUUAUUGUCAGUCCGGCGGCGGAUACAGCCAAACACAGCCUCUGCCACAGGCGCCCACCACUAAGGCGGCACAGUCAGCCAGCGUCCCAUCCUCCAGUUACACCUACUCCCCAGCGUCCAGCAUCCAGCAGACCUCAGUCUUCAUGUCCACCCUGCCUUCCUACGCCUCAUCCUCAUCCUCCUACAGCUUCGCCUCCACCCCGUACACAGGACCAAGCUAUCUGAGCUGUUACACGUCGGUGUACCCAGCAGCUGGUCCUUACUAUCCUCCACUGCUCCCCCCACAGAUGCAGCCUCCACCCCCUCCACCUCCACUCCCAAAGCCUGAGGACUCGUCCCCGUGGGGUGCCUCAGGGAACAGCUCCUGUGCGAGUUCUACUGGCAGCUUCACCAAGAAGCCACCGGUUCCCACCGGGCUGCUGAAACCCAGAGAUGGGCCCAGGCAGCCCCCACUUCACUACUGCGACCUCUGCAAGAUCAGCUGUGCUGGUGCCCAGACCUACCGCGAGCACCUGGAGGGGCAAAAGCACAAAAAGAAGGAGGCAGCGGAGAAGAUGGGCAUCCAGCCUAACAGCAGCCCUUGUGGGGUGCGGGCGCAGCUGCACUGCGGCCUCUGUGACGUGUCCUGCACUGGGGCAGAGGCCUAUGCCGCCCACAUCCGGGGGGCCAAGCACCAGAAGGUCUUCAAGCUGCAUACCAAAUUGGGGAAGCCCAUCCCCACCAUAGAACCCGUGCCAGGGAACUCCAGCUCAGCUCCGACCACCUGCACCAGCAAGCCGGCCCCCCUCUACACUGAGAGUCCCCCUGUGACCUCAGCCAAGCCCAUGGAACCCGCUGGCUCCAGCAUGCACACCCCUGGCAGACUUGAGCUGCCCAAGAGGCUGGUGGUCUCCAAAGCCACAUGCACAGGGCCUCCUGAGCUGAAGACAGCAGGCUGCAGACCCGCAGAGGGCAAAUUGGCACACCUGAAGUCAAAGAGGUCAGGACAACCACCCACCCAAGGAGACUCUGUGGAAGCUUCUGGGAGCUGCUGUGACUCGCAGCCAGUGGGCCCAGGCUACGUGGAAGAGGUAUGCGACGGUGAAGGCAAAGUGAUCCAGUUCCACUGCAAGCUCUGUGAGUGCAGCUUCAAUGACCCCAACGCCAGGGACAUGCAUGUCAGAGGGCGGCGGCAUCAGCUGCAGUACAAGAGAAAAGUCGAUCCUGACCUCCCGAUCUCCAUCAAGCUCAGCAACAGAGUCUGGAAGCUCCUGGAAGAGAGGAAGAGGAAGCAGAAGCAGCUGACCAGGAAGCGGCUGGAGGCGCUACGGCGCUGGCACGCAGAGACGAGGCGCUAUGAUCUGUGCAGGAGGCAGCUGGAGGAGAAGCCACAGGCCCAGGAUGAGCACCCGGGACACUCCCCAUCGGACCAGCACUCUCCUCCCCUCGGGAGCAGGCCAGGGGUGCCUGCUGCCACCCCUCCGCCCACACAGCGGCCAGAAUCCAGUGACGACCGCCACGUCUUGUGUAAGCACGCCACCAUCUACCCCACAGAGGAGGAGCUCCUGGCUGUCCAGAGGGCUGUGUCCCACUCGGAGCGCGCCCUCAAGCUGGUGUCUGACACACUGGAGGAGGGCAAGUCCAGAAGCCCAGAGCAGGAGGGUGGGGAGCACAGCAGUGCCAGCCCCUCUGCCCGGGUCCUGAAAGGCGUGGUGCGGGUCGGCCUCCUGGGGAAAGGCCUCCUCCUUCGGGGAGACAGGGAUGUGCAGCUGACCCUGCUCUGCUCCCAGAAGCCCACCCACGCCCUGCUGCAGAGGGUCACUGAGCAGCUGCCCCAGCAACUCCUGAUGGUAACAGAGGACAAGUACGAGGUCUCCUCUGACCUGGCAGCCAACAUCAUCAUUUCAUCUUGUGAGGAGCCCAGAAUACGGGUCACUGUGUCUGUCACCUCGUCCCUAAUGCGGGAGGACCCCUCUACGAACAGAGAAGGAAUGGAAGUGCCCGACCCGGGAGCUGUCUUAGAAGAUGUCUUAGACCUGGAAAAGUGUCUCCAGUCACUGGCCGCCCUCCGCCAUGCCAAGUGGUUCCAGGCACGAGCCAGUGGCCUACAUCCCUGUGUAAUUGUCAUCAGGGUUUUUCGAGACCUCUGCCGGCGUGUGGCCCCCUGGGGAGCUCUGCCAGACUGGGCCAUGGAGCUGCUGGUGGAGAGGGCUGUGAGCAGCGCCAAGGGGCCCUUGAGCCCAGGGGAUGCCGUGCGGCGGGUGCUGGAGUGUGUGGCCUCUGGGAUGUUCCUGACAGAUGGGCCUGGGCUCCAGGAUCCCUGUGAAAGAGACCAGACGGACGUGCUCGGGCCCAUGACCCUCCAGGAGCGGGAAGACAUCACAGCCAGCGCCCAGCACGCCCUGCGCAUGUUGGCCUUUAGGCAGAUCCACAAGAUCCUGGGCAUGGACCCCCUUCCACCACCCAAAAGCAGGCCAGGGCUGCGCUUCAGGAAGAGGCUGCAAGAGGUGGGCGAGGCCGAGGGAGGCCCAAGGAAGCAGGCCAGCCCCGUGGAGAGGGGCCGUGUGAGUAGCCUCACCCCCACAGCGGGUCCUGACGUGCCACUGAGUGGACACGGUAUCCCCGAUGUUGGACGGUUGUGUUCUCCUUCCCAGUAAUGUCUCACACACGGGUUUCUUUGAAAGUGCUUGUGCUUUGACCAGCAGUGAAAUUGCGUCACACAGCGAUGAAAACCUCUGGGUGGGGCAGCUGCUCAGUGUCCUCAGUGCUGCGUGGAAGGUGUUGACGCUCUAGCACAGUGACUUUGAGCCCUGGCUCUUUUGCUAACUUUUAAACUCACCUGGGGAUACUACAGGUAUGGAUUUAUAACCUGCUUCCUGUGGCUGCCCCAGACAUGCAUGGACUUAAAGUCACCAGGACAUGCCCAUCCGGGACUCGCCAUCAUGAAGGCUAGCCCUGGGAGGCAGGCUAGGGAGAGUUGGGGUGGGGGCCAGUCCCAGGGGCACACCUGGGCCCAGCCUGCACCAAACACAGCACCCCACUCACCAGCCUGGAAAUGGCCCCUCAUCCCGGGGUCUGCCGAGCCUCAGCUGGGCUCCUCUCCCAUCCCUGCUGUGGGGAGGGCGACAGGGCUAAGUGCCCCUCGACCCCCCUCCCUGGAGCAGCUGUGACCUGAAUCUGCCCUGACUUCAAGACUCCUGCCCCACCCCGACCACCGAGUGCCUUCUGCUUACAGGGGAGUUGCUCUGUAACAUUUCAUUUGGGCCUGGGCGUUGCCUGUUGUCUUCUAUCCUCCCUGCGUAGGUCCAGCCUUUGUGAGUCCAGGGCUCCCUUCUUAGGAGCAGGUCUGGGGGCUGUACCUAGUGCAGUGCCCUGGCACUGGUGGACAUGGGUGUACCCCUGUGGAGCCCCUGUCCUGCUCUGUCCAAACCUCCCUUUUGGCAACCAGUUUUCUUGGCUGGCAUUAAAGGAGAAAAGCUCAUCUUCAUGCCAACUCAGUCUAGAGUCACUUGAUUCCUUUGAUUUUGUGUCUGUGUUUAAGGGACGGCCUCUAUGCAGCUUCACCUCUGAUGUGUAGAGCUACCUGGAAAC